UUUCUCCUUUGGGGUGUUCGCACGAUUUUUGCAGAAAUCUUUCCGUUCAUCCAGAGCAUGAUCAUAGUUUUAACUUAUUCCAACUGAUACCGCUCGAUCAUGACCGAUGAUGGCAGCAACAUUGUUGUCACCCUGAGCGUACCAUUUCCAUCGCGGCGAGAAGCGGAAAUUGCCUUCAACGUACUCCGGAUCGACACCGAACCGAAGCGAAGCUUCAUCGAGAAGUCAUUCAAAUUGAUCGACAACCAACUGCUGGUCGAAUUCAACGGUCAGCAAGCCAAAAACGUCCGAGUCGGAGUGACUUCCUUUUUCGACUCGCUGAUCCUGUGCUGUGAAACGUUGGACCUAUUUGGACCGGCGGUUUCGGACGAGUACGGACAUUACUGA